GAGCUCCAGAUCAAAGAGGUUCAUGGCCGUGCCGUCAUGGCAGCAUUCAUCCUUAAUGCUUUGACAGGGUCGCUUGGGUUAUGGAAGAUAGUUCAGCGUACAAAACAGUGCCUCGAUUUUACUGUGACUGCACAUUUUCUACAUUUAAUAGGAUGCUGGCUUUACAAUGGGCAUCUUCCAUCACAACCUUCUGUAUGGUUGUUGAAUCUGGUGACGAUCACUUUGAUGUGUGUUCUUGGAGAAUAUCUUUGCAUGAGAACUGAAAUGCAGAAUAUUCCAGUCAUGAGUUCUAAAGUCGACCUAUAAAAUUGAUUCACAGAUUGCUGUACAGGGAACUGCAGUCCUGCAGGUCUCUCCAUUGUUUUAUAGGUGUUUCAUUGUCAUCACAUUGUGUACAAAGUGUCUCCAUGUCUUUUUCAUUCAGUUUGUCGAGUGCAUAUAAGUAGGUCAGGUUAAUGUGAUAUUUUGGAUGUGAGUAAUGUAGUAUUGUAUAAUGUUGGGGUUACCAGCCACAGACCUUAAGGUGUUGAAUUCUGAAUUUUGAAACUGUAGUGUACUCCUUAUGUUGUUAUCGUAAUGGAUGUUUAGUGUAACUGAUUUAGAUUAGUUUCAUCACAACCCAUAUAAAUUAUAUAUUUCCCCACAUUUGGACUCAGAAUACCCUCAGUCAUUUAUUUUUCUAAAAUACAUAACUGCAGCAGUGUGUGCCCCAUCUGGAACUGCAGGUAUAGAUGUACUAUUAGUUCUUUGCCUCAAAAUUCAUAAGUCAUCAACAUUUUUUAACAACAUGAGUUUAAUAAUUUAUUCAUCUUGCACUAACUUUCUUCAUUCUUUCAUGGUAACAGCCAACUUUUAAAUACUGUAGGAACAAUUAUUUAUUUAACUGAGAAUUAUGCCUCUUUGCAUUAAUGAUAUUAAAAUGAUUUUGAUUGCUUUUAAGGUUUGGUAAAUAUUUCUAAUUUUUUCAAGAUUUUUUAUUCCAGUUUAAUUUGUGACUUAAUUGUUUCCCCAUCAAAACAUUAGACCACAAUUGAUGCAUCAAAGUAAUCAUUGGUAUAGGCUCUUGAUGUACUGUACAGUAUACAUAUUAUGAUAGGCUAUAAAAUAACUUACAUAUAUUUGCUCUUGAAAGUAAAAUAAAUGAAAAAAGUUAUGUUGAAUAUAACAAUAAGUAAUAAGUAUUUUAAUGCAGACAUACAAACCCCUUGGAUAUGCUAUGUAUGUGUAUGAUAUAUAUAGACUGUAUAUUUUAUGAUAAAAUUUAUGAUACAACUUGAAUGUAAUUCUGAACACUGACAAUCUCUGAGGACACACUUCUCUCUGUGUCUCAUGCUGAUUCUCAUGUAGUCAGUGAGUAUUAGGGAGGUGAGGUCCAGGAUGUUUAGAGGUUUGUUCACAAGGAUAUUGUGUCAUUUUACGAUGAAAUUUAUGAUAUGACUCCAGUGCAUUUGUAACAGUUUUUCCCUCUAAUUCUGAACUCUGAAAAGCUCUGAGGACACAACUAUUUACUCUUAGGCUGAUGCUCACAUAGUCCAUGAGAAUUAGGUAAACAAGGUCCAUGAGAAUUUAAAGUUGACAGUUUAUUCACAGGGAACUAACAUUUUUGUACAUGAACUUCCCUGACAGAUAUAUACUUAGCUAUAGUCUCCGACGUUCCCGACAGAAUUUCAAAUCUCGCGGCACACGCGACAGGUAGGUCAGGUGGUCUACCUUACCCGCCGCUGGGUGGCGGAUGUACGAACCACUCCCGUAAGCUUGUCAGAUUUUUCUCUGUCGCGGGAACGAUAACAACUGUUGUCGGUUCUCUCGAUAGUUUUUCGAUUCUCGCUUGCCUGGAGUUAAUUUGGACUUCUUUUGGUGACGUAUUCGCUUUGUUUGGCUUGGCAUACGCUGAUUGUGGACCGGUUUGAUUUUGAGUUUGAUUUUCUUUAACGAUGUCUGAUCUAGAAUCGGU